ACGGAAAUCCACAUAAGUCGGAACAAACUAUGUCCUUCGUAUCGUCGAGGGUGGAAGAUAGCUUAAAAGAGUUGAUUCAAAUUUUGUUGGAAAAUCGGGGGGAAGUAGAACUCGGACAUGCAAUUCAACAACUUUCUCGAGCUAACCGUCAAGUUGUGUCAGAUUUUGGGGCGCAAGAGUUAGUCAAUAAGUUUCCAAUACUUUUCCAGAGCAAGCGAACGAAAUCCAAAGUAAUGUUGAGGUUGGACGUUCCCCUCGAGUUUUGUCCUCUAGCGGGGAAAAAAGGUGGAUGUACUGAUACGAGGUGUUUUCGUCUUCAUUUGUGCCCUUUCUUUGUCAAAGAAACCUGCAAAUUUGGUGACAAGUGCAAAAGGUCUCACGAUUAUCAAGACGAACAUACGAUGCGCAUUCAGCAACGCUUCCGCCUUGGCUUUCUUGACCUCAGUCUUCUUCAAGGCAUACUGAAGAUGAUUGUUGACGAGAGUGAGAUUCAGCGAGCGGCUGCCGGUCGCUCUUUACCAGACAUCUGUAAAUUCUACAACAAUAAGGGCGGUUGCAAGAAAGAAGAAAAUUGUCCCUGUCUUCACGUGUGUGAGCACUUCGUCGAUGGCGAUUGUAAAUUCGGAGGAGGAUGCAAAAGAAACCACGACUUCUCUGAUUCCCAUAACAGAAGAGUUCUACAGCAGUAUGAUAUGGGGCACAUCAGUAUCCAUAAAGUGCUUCAACGACUGAAGGGCAGGGAAAGAAAGCGAACUGUUAGCGCAAGUUCUGACGGUAGCAUUUGCUCACAUGCUGUCAACCCCAGUCAAGAUGACAAAGGCAAAGAUACUGAGAUUUGUGGAUUCCACAUGCGUGGCAAGUGUAACUAUGGCAACAACUGCAUCCAUCACCAUACAGAUUUACCCUAUUUAUGGCAAUUUGCUGCAAAGGGUGAUGAUCAGUGGGAAAGUUUUUCAAAUGAAGAGAACACAAUCCUCGAGAAUUGUUACUGUGAUGUCAAAAAUGAAAGCUCUAGUCGUGUAACAAUAAAAGGAUCUCUUUAUCUUGUUAACUUCCAGGAUUUGACUGCUGUUCCAGUUUCAUUUCCAGUGUGUAAGACCACUGAGACUGUAAUAAAGGUUCGGAGACUAUCCACCAUGUCAUCAGCAGUUGCUGCAGCAGGCCAUGUGUUUAGCACCAGAUGGGAGUGGUACUGGAAAGAUGAGAACAACAAGUGGCAGUCAUAUGACACUCCUGGUGAUGGACAUGCUGUGAACACAACCAGCAGUCAGUGUUUUGAAAGAGAGUAUCAAGCAGGGAAGGACACUCACCCUUUUAGUGCUUCUCAUCACCAAUACACUUUGGACUUUAAAAGAUGGUGCCAGAAAAAUAACAAGUAUAAGACAGAAAGGCCUGUCAGAAGGAGACCAGCUGAGUUUGUGUCCAAACAUAAUAUAGCAGAUAUUGUCUCUCAAAGGCGUAAAGCAGUCAGUAUGGCCCGACCAUCCACUUCGGCAGAGGCGGACAGGGUGCCAUCCCACUGGUCUUCUAUUCCUGAUGGCAAGGAUUACUUGUGUGAACGUUUGUCAACCAUCACUGAAGAAUACAAGAAGACAGAGAAGAGAUUCAAUGAUUCAAUGGAAAAGAGCCACAAAAUUGUCUCCAUAGAGCGAGUGCAGAACCUGGAACUGUGGAUUCAAUAUGCACAGAAGAAGGGCCGCAUGGCUAAGAAAAGUGGCAAAGAGCCCGAAGAACGCCAACUCUUCCAUGGAACAAAACCUGACACUGUCAAAGCAAUCUGCCAACAGGGAAUCGAUUGGCGAAUGUGUGGAAAACAUGGUACAGCUUAUGGCGAGGGAAGUUAUUUUGCUUCUAGUGCUAAGUAUUCUCACCGUUAUUCUAAUCACGGUGUUACUCGUGGUAAUAAGCAGAUGUUCUUGGCUAAGGUUCUGGUGGGUUCUUUUACAAUUGGAGACAAAUCUUUUAAAAGGCCUCCUCCUAAAGAUUCAUCCAAUCCACAUGUGUUGUAUGACUCCUGUUGUGACAACCCAGCGAAUCCGGCAUUGUUUGUUGUGUUUGAAAAUGGGCAGUCCUAUCCUGAAUUUUUGAUCACUUACACAUGAUUUAUUAACUUUUUUUGUUUACCGUGAUAUAAUGAACAAUAACGUAACGAAACGUAACAAAAUGGCACAUCUUGUAGCCACCUAAUGGAUGGUAGUGUGACCUGAGGUAGCAAAAUGAACUGUAAAGUAACGUAACAUGUCAAUGAUAAUGCAUACCAUCAUAGUCAAAAUGUGCUCUUCUCAGCAUAAGUCGAUAGAUGAGUUCAAGUUCUUUAUUUUCUUAAUGUUUUUUGAAAUAGUUUUCAUUUACUUUAAUGACAGUUUUAAAUAUUCAAAACAGAUUGACGCCGUAUCGUCAAAGAGGAUACAUUCCUCUCUAAAUAAGAAGAGAUAACAAUUUGAUAGUUUUUUUUUGAUAUAUUUACAAGUAUUCCAUGAAAUUUUGGAAAAUUCCUUUAAAGGUGGAAAAAAAGUAAAGUAGAAGAAAUAAGAAGAAAUUAAAAGUAAUGAAAUAACAUAAAUAUAGUGGGUGAGUUUCUAAAGAAACUGUGGUGUUGCAUCGGUGGGAGAGUAUAACGGGGUAAUUUGGUAUUAUCAACUGAGUUGGUAAUGUAAAUUGGUCAUCGUAAAGAGUUGCAGAGCUGACGUUUCGAGUGUUAGCCCUUUGUCAGAGCGAAACUAUUCACUAUAAACAAAGGGCUAACGCUCAAAAUGUCAGCUUUGAUAGUAGCUUUUACUUUUGGUUUUUAUUGUUCAGUUUUCUUUAUAAGGACAUAAAUAGGAAAGUAAGUAAGAAUUACUACUUUAAGGAAACUCAUUUGAGAAGGCCCUGCUCUCAAGUUUUGCCUUUUAUUAGGCUGAAAUGUCAGCAUUCUCCUCGCCCCUCUCCCCCUUUGGAACACUCCCAGGGGUGUUGGGGCCGGGGGACAUCUGGUCGUUCAGACACCCCACUUACUGGAAGAGUGGUAACAUUAUUUCACCCCGACCUAGAAUCUCCACUGACCUAGAAUCUUAAACAAUCCAAUGUUAAUUUUCAGAUGGUGAUGCGACAUUCAAUCCAAACCCUGGAUGCUUUUGUCUCUCCCACCCCUUUAUAACAUACAAUUCAAAUCAAUUGAAAUGCAAGCAUAUUUCACUGCAAAAGAAUUGUUUCACACAAACGACAUUUCCACUCUGGGAGUCUUAUCACCAGCUGCAAGGAGAUCGAGCACCCUACACCCCUGUAACAUAUCUUCCUUGUUUGCUUAGGCCCCAACUGAUCACUGUAAAAUUGAAGUUAAUAAAAUCAACAUUGAA